UUGAGUCCUGUCAAUUCAUAUUUCUCAGUCUGUGUUGUUUGCUUAAUCGUCUUGAGGCGAAAAGUUCUCGGAAAUGGACUCACAGCAUCAGCUGACACAGUUGGCUGGCUCUAAAAAUGUCAGCAUCGGGGAGAUGACAAUGACCUUGCGUCAUGGACAGGCGCUCCAGGCGCCCCCGGAUCCCAACACUGUGGCGUCUGAGCCACAAGUGGAAGCAGAGACGCGGAAUGCGCCGAGUGUUAAGAAACGCAAGUUCGGACGAAUGUUUCUUCCCCUGAAGCGGAGAGGAUUGUGGCGCAAGCACCGAGCUCCCCAAGGCCUUAAGUCGAAGACAGCGCGCAUUCUGUAUACCACCGAUGAGCAGGUGCGCGCCGCUCUCCUGGAGUUUCUGGUGUUUAUCGUCUUUCUGGCCCUCACAUCGCUGAUCACUCUCACCGUGCGGAGCCCGUACAUGUUCUACUUCAACGACACGACAAAGAAACUGUUCGUCACUCGCUGUCUGGUCGUGGCGCCAUCGGUUACCAACUGCUUUGAGAAAAUUCUCACUGUGUCGGAUUGGUGGGACUACUUAAUAUAUAACUUUUUAAUAACACUGCACGGAGAUAUGACCGAAGACGAGGAGGACGGUAAAACGGCCAAUUCCGUAAGUGAGUCCGAUCCAAUCGAAAAUCUUCGAGCACGCCGAUUUAUGCACGAGAAUCUGCUACUCGGCCCGCCGCGCCUCCGCCAGGUUCGUGUUCAAAAGGAGAGCUGCUAUAUGAGCUGGUACUUUGACACCUGUUACGAAGACUAUUCUUGGGCGGCCGAGGAGAGAGCCGGGUCACAUAAGGGCUCCCCGUACAGGACGAUGGGCGAGGCCGAGGCAACACCGUUCUGGACUCUGCUCGCUUACUACAGCUCUGGCGGCUACACUGUGGACCUCACCUACAACAAGGAGAAUAACCUGCAGAAGAUAAAUGAACUCAAGACCAGCAAUUGGCUGGACCGCAGCUCGAGGCUGUGUCUGGUGGAGUUCAAUCUCUUCAACGAGAACACGGACAUCUUUCAGAGCGUUAAGCUAAUCGCUGAAAUUCCCGCCUCGGGGGUGGUCAUACCCCAGGCGCGUUUGCAAACAGUCAAAAAGUAUUCGUUCUUCACCGAUCCCGAUCCGAAAAUGACUGUGUUCUAUAUUGUUUGGUAUUUAAUGAUCAUUUACUACACCAUCAUAGAGAUCAAUGAGCUGCGCCUGGCGGGAUUCAAGGCGCACUUCAAAUCCUUUCUAAAUAUUCUCGAGUGUUGUCUAUUGCCGAUUUGCUAUUUGGCAUUGCUAUACAACGUGUGGCACACCUUCGAGGUGAAAUCGCUCAUAGUCAGGGCGCAGAAGGAAGAUGUCUACCAGAGCAUCGACGUUCUCUGCUUCUCGAACAUAUUUUAUGUGAACAUGAUGGCUGUUCUGGCCUUUCUCGUGUGGAUCAAACUAUUCAAGUUCAUUAGCUUGAACAAGACACUGGUUGAGUGGACAACGACACUGGCAAGGUGCUCCAAGGAUUUGGCUGGCUUCACCCUGAUGUUUGGCAUUGUUUUUGUGAUCUAUGCCAGACUGGGACUUCUGCUCUUUGGCAGCAACCAUCCAGACUUCUACAGCAUAAUCAUUUCAAUGUUGACUAUGAUACGGAUGAUCUUGGGCGACUUCCGGUACAAUCUAAUCCAGGAGUCCGAUCGAGUGAUAGGGCCCAUCUACUUCAUCACUUACAUACUGCUUGUGUUUUUCAUAUUGCUGAACAUAUUCCUGGCCAUCAUCAUGGAGACCUACACCGCGGUGAAAAGGGGCUCUGCCAUACAGGGCACUCAGUUGGCCUCCUUUGUGUAUAGGAAGUUAACGGGCGCCGUCUACUCGAUUUACUGUCGUAUCUUCAAGAGUCGGAUCAAAAUGGUUCACGCCCAGCUUGUUCGGGCCAAGCCUUUUCGUACAACAAAAUCACGCCCUUCGCCAUUUGGCAAGAAGGCUGAUCUGGAUGUCACCACGUCAGAAUUUGAGGGUCCUGUGCGAAGGAAGAACUUGACCCCAGCGGAGACAGUUUACUUUCAGUCUAUACCAAAAGACGGCAACAAGAAAUCGUUUCGGGUGAACCAACGCAUAACACUGCUUGAAGAAGUUCUGGGGAAGCUGGUCUCCAAAAUGGAUAACAUAACGAAAAGCCUAGACAGAGUCUACGGUGAAAGUGACCUAUAAUAAAUACUCCUA